AUGGGUACUCCUAAUCAACCACCAUAUGGUCAACCACAAAUGGGUGUUAAUAUGAAUAUGCAACCAAAUCAACCUUAUGGUCAACCACAAGUUGGUGUUUCCAUGAAUAUGCCAGGAUUCGGUGUCAAUAUGAAUGUUCCAACUCAACAACCAUACGGUCAACCACAAUCUUUCGGUCAACCACAAUACCAACAACAACCACAAAUGGGUGUUUCCAUGAAUAUGCCAGGAUUUGGUGUUAAUAUGAACGUCCCACCUCAACAACAAUACGGUCAACCUCAAUAUCACCAACAACCAACUGUUAAUGCCAGUUUCUCCACAACCACAACUACCACAACCUCUGGAUUCUCUCCACAACCACAAAUGAGCAGUGGUGCUUUGGCUCAACAAAUUAUUGCUGCCUGCAGAAAUGCUUCAUUCGACAAUGAUAAGGUCAAGGCAGUUCAAACUUACUCCUCAUCUCAAUGUUGUCCAGUCAGUGGUGCUGAUUUGGUCACCAUUUUGAAUUUGUUCGGUUUUGAUAAUGAUAAGGUUAAGGCAUUGACUCAAUUGAAGCAAACUAACAAUAUUGGUCAAAUGAGCUCAACUGAAGCUGCUUCUGUUUUGAGAGUUUUUGGAUUUGAUAAUGAUAAGAUGAAGGCAUUGGAUUUGAUUGUUACUUGUAUUUAUGAUAGAAAGCAAGCUGCUGAAACUGUUGUUUCAGUUUUUGGAUUCUCUAAUGAUCAAUCAAAGGCCAGAACUUGUAUGCUCACUCAUUAA